GCUCCUUUGCAAGCCGUAUAUGAUGCUAUCACUACUGUUCUGGGUUCUGCUUCUUUUUCUGAGUCAGGUCUCUGCUGGCAGGCAAAAGCAGCGGGGAGGGACGGUCCCGGCGGAGAGAAGGCAGUUCUGUAGCUGGCCGUGUAAGUGUGGUGUUCGGCAGCCAUGCGCCCCUGGUGUCAGCUCCAUCUUGGACGGCUGCGGCUGCUGCAAAACCUGUGCACGGCAGAUUGGGGAAUCAUGCAACGAGAGGGACGUCUGUGACCCUCACAAGAGCAUGUACUGUGACUUUUCCAAAGACCAGCCACGUUAUGAGGUUGGCAUCUGUGCUUACAUGAUGGGGGUUGGUUGCGACCUGAAUGGGGCUCACUACGAUAACGGACAGGCUUUUCAGCCCAACCCUCUCUACAAAUGCACUUGCAUCGCUGGAGCCAUCGGCUGUACCCCUGCCUUCAUCCAAAAGCCGGCAGGAAUGUUGAGUCCUGCUGUGCUCCAGGGAAACUUGCCAGCAGGACUCAAGAGUAAUCAAAGCCCCAAACACCAACAGGACACCACCUACAGGACCAUGUCAGGUAAAUGUGACCCUGUGUGUGGAGAUAUUAAAGAAAAAAAAAAAAAAGAAAAAAAAAACAUCUAUUGGUUAAUAUUAUUAUUCACCACCCACACAGUUUACUACAUGAGCAGAAAAAAAAGUUUUUAAAGGGGUGAAGAGGGUUAUUACAUUUUGAUGAAAGGUUAUGACAAUAACACGACCCGAGAUAUUAAGACUUAAGAUAUUAAGAAUUAAGAUUAAAUAUCCUGCAAUCUCUUCAGGCAUAUGCCUACAAUCUCUAGA